AUGAAUUUGGAGAAGGGCCGCGCACAAGGCCGAGAACGGGCAGGAGGCCGAGUCCGCAAUGUAGAGAACCUCUAUGAGGAGACGGCACCUCAUGAAGAACAGGUUAACCCCGCGGCAGUCAUUAGAGACGAUGGUCGCGUGCUUAAGCUGAUCAAGGACAUCAGUAGUCUGUCACCGCCAUCAUUUCAUGGGGGCCUGGAUCAUAUGGUAGCGGAUCAUUGGAUUGAGAGUACGGAAACCUUCUUUGAGAUAGCCACAUUCUUCUUAAAAGAUGAUGCUAUGGAUUGGUGGAAGAGCAUGAGGCGGAUUGUGGAUGUGUCUACUAUGACCUGCGAUGGUUUUACUGCACUCUUUCGAGAAAAGUACUUUCCAGCUACAGUGCAGGAGGAGUUAGAACUUGAGUUCCUUGAUCUAGUACAUGGAGAUAUUACUGUUAGGGAGAAUGAGGCCUGUUUUGCACAGUUGUAUCGGUUUUUCAGACCAAUGGGUGCAACCUCCUUAGCCCAGAAAUUUCUACGGGGACUUAAGCAAGAGUACAAGACUCUCAUAUCAGCAGUUUGUCUGUCUACCAAUGAGUUAAUGUAUGAGAGUGUCUUGAAUUUGGAACAGGCGAAUAAGACACGCGGAGGAGAUGUGAAAAAUAGGGAUGCUAGAGGAAAAAACAAGGCAAUCAGAUCAGGCAACGGGUCCUCAAGACCAAGAGGUGGAUCUUGA